AUUUACAGGCGCCUUUACUUCCGGGUUUCUGACCAAUCACAACACUCCAGUCGGCCGGAAGUUUGGAACGAAUUGUACGCGGGAAAUUGCUCAGCUCUGCAGCUGGACGGCAGUGGAGUGUUGGAUACAGAAAAUGAAGGUGGUCACUUGUGAGAUUGCGUGGCACAACAAGGAGCCCGUCUACAGUCUGGACUUCCAGCAUAGCGCGGAUGGACGCGUCCGUCGGCUGGCCACAGCUGGAGUGGACACUACAGUCCGACUGUGGCGGGUGGACAGCGGUGCAGACGGUAAGGCGGUGGUGGAGUUUCUGUCUAAUCUGGCUCGACAUACCAAGGCUGUCAACGUAGUGCGCUUCAGCCCCAACGGAGAGCUGCUUGCCUCCGGGGGAGAUGAUGCAGCAAUUCUGCUGUGGAAGCUCAAUGACUCAAAGGAGCCCGAGCAGGUGCCCAUGUUCCAGGAGGAUGAGGACGCCCAGCUGAACAAGGAGAGCUGGUCCGUGGUCAAGACUUUAAGGGGACACAUAGAGGACGUGUAUGACAUGUGCUGGACGCAGGACGGAACCUCCAUGGUGUCUGGCUCCGUCGAUAACACCGCUAUUAUGUGGGACAUCAACAAAGGACAGAAGCUUUACACCCUGCAUGACCACAAGAGCUACGUGCAGGGGGUGACCUGGGACCCUCUGGGGCAAUAUGUAGCCACUCUCAGCUGUGACAGAGUGAUGCGUGUGUACAGCACUCACACCAAAAAGAAAGCCUUCUGCAUCAGUAAAAUGAGCUCUGGGCCAGAAGGAGAGGUCAAGCCGUACAGGAUGUUCCACGAUGACGGCAUGAGGUCGUUUUUCCGACGCCUCUCGUUCACACCCGAUGGGUCUUUCUUGUUAGCCCCAGCUGGCUGCGUGGAGGUUGGUGAGAACAUCAUAAACACCACCUACAUCUUCUCCAGGAAGAGCCUCAAGAGGCCUAUUGCCCACUUGCCUUGUCCAGCUAAAGCCACACUGGCUGUGCGCUGCUGCCCCGUCUACUUUGAGCUGAGGACCAAGACGAAAGAAGACGGUUCAGUGGAGGUUCUUCCCAACAUCUUCCAGUUGGCGUACCGCAUGGUGUUUGCUGUUGCGUCUGAGGACUCCAUCCUCCUGUACGACACGCAACAGACCAUCCCCUUCGGCCUGGUGUCCAACAUCCAUUACCACACACUCAGCGACCUCACGUGGUCCCGUGACGGGUCCUUCCUGGCGGUGUCCUCCACCGAUGGCUACUGCUCCUUCCUGUCCUUCUCUCCGGGGGAGUUGGGUACUCCCCUGAAGGAGCCCCCCGUCCUGGAGGUCUUUGCGCCCACCAGUGGUGCUGAGAAAAGGGGCAAGAAGUCCUCGGCGGCUAAGACCCCGUCUCCUUUGACCCAAGCAGCCGGCUCAGUCCCGACCCCCACGUCCCACAGCGGCCUCGGCAAAGACGCCCCGUCCAUCACCCCCCCCCCCCAGGAGAAGAAGGGCACCCCGAGAGGCCGGUCCAAACCUCAGCCCCGAAGGAUCACCCUCAACACCCUGCAGGGCUGGGGGAAGCCCUCCGCCGCUAAGACCACGGCUCCCUCGGCAGCUCAGGCGCCUACAUCGGCACCCUCCACCCCCCAACCCUCCACCUCUCAACUCUCCACCCCUCAGCCAUCUACUCACCAACCCUCCACCUCCCAACCAUCUACUCCUCAACCCUCCACCACUCAACCCUCCACCCCCCAACCAUCUACUCCCCAACCCCCCACCACUCAACUCUCCACCUCCCAACCAUCUACUCCCCAACCCUCCACCCCGCAACACUGUGUCGCCCCUCUCACCCCCAACAACUCCAACAAAAUACAGCCACGCAUCGCCCCCCUCACGCCAUCCACCCCAAAAGCCCCCAACGGUGCUAAUAAUGUGGGCUCCACCACUCCCAUGGGUGCAACCACCCCAAAGGGUCCGACCCCAAGGAGAGUAUCUCUGACUCCCAUCGCAUCCCGAUCUCCGGCUAUCAGUUCACUCUUUCGCACUCCCUCCUCCACCGAGAAGGCCAAACACGAACGUCCCUCUCCCCCCUCCGAUCCGGUGUGCCAGCCGCCGGAGUCCAAGCGGCCGAAGACCAGUGACCCCCCGGUAAAGACCAGCGCCACCCAGACCUAGCGUCCAGUCGGAGCAGCGCGGUGCCGCAGUGUCGGAGUUACAGAAGCGUCCGUGCUAAACCACUGAGGCUGCUCGUGGAACGUGGCGCUGUUGUCCAACAUUGUGCGUUGAUGGAUGAGGUCCGUGCUUCGUUUAACUAGAUGAAGCUGUGGCUCUCUCAUAAUGUAGUCGUUCUAAAACCAACCGCAUUGCAGUGAAGUCUUCUUGAAUUAGUACUUAUUUUUUAGCUUUGUGCGUUUUUGUAUCAUACAGCCAACUGAUAAUUGUAUUAUAUUUGAUUUGUUUUUUUGUAUUUUGACGCUCAAGCGCUUUUAUACAAAAGGAGAGGGUUGUCUCACUUAUUUUCAAGAACAUUUGGUUGUGAAACUAAAACCGUUUGGAACCUGAAGAAAAGAACUCAGCACCUGAAGGGUUUGUGCCUUGUGAGAGCGUUGAAUACUCAACCCGAGUCUUAAGUUGUUGCAGACUAGACAGCCGGUUCAGUGUCAAGUUAAAAAUUGACUUUCUCCUUGUCUAAUAAAGAAUGUUUCGUACAGAGUGAAUGUUUAAGUGUUUGGCAGAGAAUAACUACUGCAUGAUUUGAUGCUUUCUUAGCUUCAAGCAGCUGACUGUUUGGUAAAGUCUUAUCUAAUAGGAAGCAUCAUUAAUUAGAUGUUUCUGCACUAUGCUUCAACUCAUUUGAAGGUCAGUUGAUGUACAGAAUAAUUAAUGCUGGCUGUCAGCAAACAAAUACCGCUGCAUUGUUUGCUGAGGAGACGUACUUCCAGGAAAUGUAUGGCUAUUUGUCUUUGUUGAAGAGUGUGACCGCAGUUUUUAUUAAUCAUUCUGAGGUCGGAAGACUUUCCUUUCUUAGAUUCUGUUCCGAUUAUUGAGUUAGCUACUUUUGUUUCAUAUGUUAUCACUGAAUUGAAUCUACAUGAUGGUCCUGUUGUGUGUUAAUACUGGUCUGAGCAGUUCAUCUUUUGGUCUUAAAACAACAUUUUUACAUAUUGAUUCCAAAUACAUCCAGUAAAUUACUCAGGUCAUGGGUAUUACUUGUAAAAUACAAUGUCCUCCGAGGUUAAUAAACCCCAUAAAUUCCUCGCCAAGA